AUGGAAGUAACAAAUAUGACAUCAGUUGGAAUGAAUUUGACUAAUUCCUCGGCGGAUGGCGGAAAUGUUACCGUAGACGAGAACUAUUACUACUAUUAUUACUAUAACGAACCGCCUCCCUACCAGGUGCGCCCUAUUCCUGUAGAGAUUCCAUUUAAGAGUUACGUGUAUCCUGUAUUAGCCAUCGUUACCAUCCUCGGCAAUAUCCUGACAGUUUCCGUGUUUAUAAAAGAGCGAAUGCGGACAGCUACUUCUGUGCUCCUCAUAUGUUUAGCUGUGUCUGAUUCUGUCAUAUGUGCUACUCUUCUACCAAACUUUUUGUACAUCUACCCAACCGGAAACUUUAAGACAUAUGUUUUAUACAAUUGGUGUGUAACAUUACAGAUUUUUUCCAAUAUCUAUCGCGUCGCGAGAACGACUUCCAAUUGGAUCACGGCCGCCAUUGGCCUACAACGUUACAUCAUAGUGCGACUACCAUUUAAGGCCAAGCAAAUAUGUACGAUUAAAGCGUCUCUGACAACAUGCUUCUUUAUCACCAUAGCUUCCAUACUGAUACAUCUACUACAAUUCUUAGCCUUAGAAAUCACACCGUCGACACCAGCUUCAUCGCUACAGAAUGUAACAUUGCCCACCGGAUGUAUCAAACAGUUUCCGGUUUGGGUUAUUGAUACUUUUCAGGACAUGAAAAGGAUGGUAUGGAUGCACUACCUAUUCACCGGUCUCUUCAGUAGUCUUCUCCCCUGUCUGAUGCUCCUUGUUACUACAGUCCUUCUUGUCCUUCAACUUGGAAAACGACGGAGGAACCUUGGCAAAGACGGUUGCCAUGGAGACUCCUCUGAUAGGAACACCAGGCGCGUGACAAGGUUCGUAGUUGCAAUUUUGAUCGUGUUUCUUCUGGCUGAGAUGCAAGAUGCAGUUGCCUUCUUUAUCUACGUUUACGAAAUUAGCUCUGACAAUGACCGGAAGGUGCUUUCUCGAGAGGCCGAUAUGACAUGGGACACAUUCACUGUUCUUAUAGCUCUGCUCAGUUAUCAUGUAAACUUUUGGAUAUAUCUCCUAAUGAGUAAGCAGUUCCGGGUCGUACUUCGUGCACGAUUCUGUCCUAAGACUAGUUUCAGGGUCAGCAAGAGGGAAGAUAGACUGACAACUGCCUCGUUCUUGCCUGAGAAUUCUACCUCACAAACACCGACUCUCCCGAAGAAAGAAUGA